CUGAUAACGGCCCCUACACCGACAGUUGCCUGCUCAGUUCACAAAAUUGAGUUGGCGUAGUUCUUUAGAAAAGAAGGUUCGAAUGUUAAUAGUAAAAUGGCGUCGCCGAAAGUAGCGUACUUCUACGAUCCGCAGGUCGGCAAUUUUCACUAUGGACCAGGUCACCCAAUGAAGCCACACAGACUUUCUCUUACUCACAGUUUAGUGUUGCAUUAUGGACUUUACAAGAAAAUGAUGGUGUACAGACCGUAUAGAGCCUCUGCCCACGACAUGUGUAGGUUCCAUUCUAGGGAUUAUAUUGAAUUCCUUCAGAGGAUCACCCCACAGAAUGUGCAGGGUUUUACUAAAUGUUUGAGCAUGUAUAAUGUAGGAGAUGACUGUCCAGUGUUUGAUGGUAUAUUUGACUUCUGCUCACGAUACACUGGUGCAACACUAGAAGGUGCAAUCAAGUUGAAUAAUAAUCAUUGUGAUGUGGCAGUAAAUUGGUCUGGUGGAUUACAUCAUGCCAAAAAAUUUGAAGCCUCUGGUUUCUGCUAUGUGAAUGAUAUAGUUAUUGGAAUUUUAGAGCUUUUAAAGUAUCACCCCAGAGUGUUGUAUAUAGAUAUUGACAUUCACCAUGGUGAUGGAGUCCAGGAAGCAUUCUACCUCACAGAUCGUGUUAUGACACUGUCUUUCCACAAAUACGGCAACUUUUUCUUCCCGGGAACAGGGGAUAUGUUUGAGAUCGGAGCAGAGAGUGGGAGGUACUACUCUGUCAAUGUCCCUCUUAAAGAAGGAAUUGAUGACCAAACAUAUAUGAACAUAUUCAAGCCAGUAGUACAGAAUGUCAUGCAGUUUUACCAGCCAACAUGUAUAGUAUUACAGUGUGGAGCAGAUUCUUUAGGCAAUGACAGGCUGGGCUGUUUUAGUUUGACUACAAAAGGGCAUGGAGAAUGUGUUCAAAUGGUGAAAGACUUCAAUAUUCCUUUGCUGGUGUUGGGAGGUGGUGGUUACACUGUCAGGAAUGUAGCUAGGUGCUGGACAUACGAAACAUCAGUUCUCCUAGAUGAGCAGAAUAGUAUUAGUAAUGAAUUGCCCUAUAAUGAAUACCUGGAAUAUUUUGCUCCAGACUUCAGCUUACAUCCAGAAGUAACAGCCAAAUAUGAGAAUCUCAAUACUAAACAGUACCUGGACUACAUAAGACAGAUAACACAUGAGAAUCUCAAAAACCUCCAACAUGCUCCUAGUGUCCAAAUGCAUGAUGUCCCUCCAGAUCUUCUUAGUCUAGAAAACAUUGAGGACCCAGAUCCUGACAUGAAGAACCACCAGAAUGAUGAGGACAUGAGGAUAGAACCUGCAAAUGAAUUCUAUGAUGGAGAUAGGGACAAUGACAAAGAAAAUGAAAUGCUGGAUGUAUAAACAGUUGAACAUACUAAUUAGUUUUAUGCUGCAUAUGUAGUGUAUGCUUGAAGCCUGAGUGGGGUCAUACAAAGGUCAUAUAAAACCACACCUUUGUCUGUAGACUUGAAUUUGUAAUUAAUACAGUCUGCCAGUUUGGCUUCUCUUGUGUCUGAAGAAGAGUGAAUACAUAAUGGGUGGUGCAAAAUAUUAACAUUUUAAAAUAAUUAAGGUUAAUGUUCAGUGAAGUGCUGAAAGGAGAGAGUGCUGCAAGGAAUAUCUGCUAAGCACAGUGAACACCAUAGAUCACGGAUUCAUCAGGUAUGGCUCUUAUCAAGUUGUUAGAAAGACAUAUCUGACAUAAAGCCAUGGGUAACUAAAGCAUUGUCAGACAGUGAAAAGAUAUACAAGUAUGACUGAACUGUGGUAGAUAUGUCCACAAUUUAUGGCCUCAGUGUAUCUUGUACAAAAGAAAAAAACCUGCUCUACAAAAGCCAGCACUAGGGUGAAUUGGCCUCUUAAUGAACAUAGAUAAAGUUUUAUGAUAACCCAUAUGACAAAUAAUUGUGGUAAUUGUGUAGUAAUAAUGUCAUGAACUUUUAUCAAUAAAAUAAACCUGUAUAUUUUGUUUGAACAUUUUCUUAGUAAAUUUUGUAAGAAAUUCCUUUAUAACCAAUUUUGUUGGAUGUUAAUUAGUAGUGAAAGUAAAUAAUUUCUUUUGAUUUAAAUAUCUUUUUAUGCACUGUUUACUCAAAUUUUGCAUUUUUUUAAUGUGGGAAUGUCAUUUCACCCGUGUGCAAUCUGAAUUUUACUGUCAUAUUUUGAAAGUAAACCAAUGAUUUGGCAUUCAUAAUUAUGAUUUUCUGCUCUCGGUGAAUAGUUAUACGUGUACUGGAUUUUAUUAUGUGUAUAGAUAUUUAUAUUUUGUAUUUUAUACAUCUGUGGUGUACAGUAUUUUUAAUACAGCAGAAAUAAAUCUACAAAGAUACGCAGUAUGA